UCUCCCUCACGCAGUUUCCCCCUCACUCGGUUCCCCCCUCAGGGCUUCCCGCGCGCGCCGCCUCACCUCAGCUCACCCCGGCUGUUCCUCCCUCUCCCAACAGGGCAGGAUUUUGGAGAAGAUGGAGCUGUGCAGCAGCCUGGCCAUCAAGCGCCUCGUGCUCUCCGCGUGGAGGCCGGGCCCGGCGCCGGGGGUGCGGCAGGAGGACGCUCGGUUCGGGCGGGUCCCGGUGCGGCUGUACCGGCCCCGCUGGCCGCCGGCGCGGCCCCGCGCUGCCGUGCUGCUGUUCCACGGCGGCGGCUGGAUCUGCUGCAGCAUCGAUUCCCACGAAAGGGUCUGCCAGUACCUGGCCGAGGAGAGCGACUCACUGGUGGUGUCCGUGGGGUACCGUUUAGCCCCUGAGCACAAAUACCCCGCUGCCUACGAGGACUGUCUCAGCGCCACGCUGCAUUUCCUGCAGCACCUGCAGCACUUUGCCGUGGAUCCCGCCCGCGUCACCGUCUGCGGGGACAGUGCCGGGGGCAACCUGGCAGCUGCUGUCAGCCAGAGCCUGGCAGGCAGGUCAGACCUCCCCAGGCUGCGAGCUCAGAUCCUGCUCUACCCCGGCCUUCAGGCGCUGGACUUCAAUUUACCGUCCUACCAACAGAACCGGGGAGUCCCUCUGCUGUUCCAGGAACAAGCUGUUUACUCUUCUUUGCUGUAUGUACAAGGCGACGCAUCAAAUCUGGAGGAGGUCUUGGAGGGCUCUCAUGUUCCUCUAGACUUGAGGCUGAAGUACAGGAAGUGGGUGAAUGCAGACAACAUCCCUGAGGAAUUUAAGGUCAGAGGCUACAAACCACACAAGCCCCGUGAAUUCAAGCCUGAAGUUUUUGAGAAAUUGAAAAGAAUCUGUAAGCCCACGCUGUGCCCCCUGUUUGCUGAAGACGAAAAUAUUCGGCAGCUGCCAGAAACUUUCAUCCUGACCUGCGAGUACGACGUGCUGAGGGACGAUGGCUUGUUGUACAAGAAGAGGCUGGAGGACAACGGGGUCCCAGUGACCUGGUACCACCUGGAAGAUGGGAUCCAUGGAAUCGUAAACCUGUUUGAUUAUCCUGGUUUGACAUUUCCAUCUGGGAAAAGGGGAUUGGACAGGGUUGUUGCAUUUAUAAAAGGCCUGUAAAAAGAACUUUCUCUUGUUGUGCUUCUCCCACUAAUGUCUCUACUUAUGCUGUCACACCUCAGGUAGGUCAGCAAGAAUGUGACACCUUUUGAUGUGUAAAAUACUAAUUCUGAUAUCCAUGAACUUCAAAUUAACACAGAUCUUUUCCUUGUGAGACUCCUGACAGCUCAAUCUUUACAAUUUUUCUAUGUGCUGGGUUUUCUUCAAAUUGGUAUCUGAUUGAUUCCUUGUCUCUAAUUACUAAAUUAUUUACUUCUAUAUAAAUAAUCUAUGUGGAAUGAUUUGGA